UUCUGAGCUGGCUAAGAAGGGAGAAUUGGGGAUAAUUAACACACACGGACAUGCAAAGAAACAAAGACACAACCACAAGUCCACAGGGUAGGCAGCGGUUGGAAAGUUACAAAUGCACCGCAAGAAGAUAUCACCAUGGACCCUGAGAAUGCAGGAAAGUGGGAACUGACUCUUACGCCCUUCCCCCAAGGCGAAGGAAAGGCAACCCCUGAAUUCUUAAAAUAACUCUCGCUUCCUCUCAGCCGGCAAAUGCACCGGACUGCUCCUCUGCAGGCCGAGAGGCGCCGCAGCGGGAGGGUGAGCUCCAGCCUCCGCCGCAGCCCCUCGACGUCACGCUCCUGCCCGGGGCCACCAGGGAGGGCAGCGGUCCUCGGUCCUGGGAGAGGGUGUCGGCCGAACCCCACCUCCCAUUUUCUGGGGACCCAGGGUCCAGAGCGGAGACCAGAUUGCACAAUCGGAGGAGUCCUCUCCAGGAUCCCCGCCGCGCGCCCAAUCCGCAACGACAGGGACUUGCCGGCGGUGCGCGAGAGGCGGCCGGAGCGGGGACAGCAGCCGGCCCUCGGGCCCGCGCCGGGAAGGGCCCGAGCCGGGAAGGACCCGCGGUGAGCCCGCCCCCACGCCCGCACCUCCCACCGCCCUCCUGCGCGACUAAGCGCGCGGACACCUGCGGAGCCCGGGUCCCCGCGCCCUAGCUCCCCUGGGCCGGGUCACCCGCAGGCUGAAGACAUCUGUGAGUCUUCGCCGCCAGGGCCGGAGGCGGUGCGGCCAGGAAGCUGCCGCGGGCCGCGCCGAUGCCCCCGGCCCCGAGCCGACCUGCGCCCGGAACUCCGGCUGGUGGCACAGCCGCCGCCCCUGCACCCACCGCCCGCCGCCCGCGCCCACCCUGGGCUCGCGCCGAGGACUCACCCGCUC